AUGACGACUUCACUGCCCCAAAACACCUACCCUGAUCCGGAGUACGAGAAGGCCCACCUAGAUACCUUCUCGUCGCCAGGAUCUCGACCAAUCAAGCCUGUCCUGCCGCCUGGUAUUUCCCAGGAGAAGUUCAACAAGGCAUUGCAAGAGCUCGUCAAAGUCGUUGGACAAGACGCGGUGUUUGUCGGGGAUGCAUUGGCCCACUAUGUCGAUCCGUACGAUAUUCACGAGAAUGACGAUACAAAGCGCAAAGUACCGAGUGCUGCUGUCUGCAACUUUAAUGACCUGCGCGAAGUAAUCCGUGUUGCCAACGCAUUCGGCAUCCCGUUGUGGACCUUUUCAAGAGGCAAGAAUCUUGGGUAUGGCGGUCCCGCUCCUCGAGUCAAUGGCACCGUGGCCCUAGAUCUGCACCGUAUGAACAAAAUCCUAGAGGUUAACGACGAAUUUGCGUAUGCCGUUGUCGAACCCGGUGUUACGUUCCACGAUCUGUACAAGUACUGCGUCGAACACAAAAAGAAGGUCUGGCCAAGUACGCCCUCCCUUGGCUGGGGCAGCGUCGUGGGCAACACACUCGAUAGAGGAUGCGGCUUCGGGGGUCAUUCAAGUCAUCACCAAUCCAUUGCAGGCCUCGAGGUCAUGCUUGGUGAUGGAGAUGUGGUGCGGACGGGACAGUUCGGAAUCUCCAACUCGCCUUCGGCAUUCCUUUCCAAAUACACAUUCGGACCAUCCGUGGAGGGCUUGUUUGUCCAGAGCAAUCUCGGCAUCGUCACAAAGAUGAGCAUCUGGCUGAACCACCAGCCGCAGGCGUUCGGGUUCUGCUCCGUUUCGGCACCCGACGAGGAUGAUAUUGGAGCCAUGGUCGAUGUGCUCGGCAAGAUGCGAAGAAACGGCAUGAUCCCCAAUGUUGUCUGGACGACCAACUUUGUCGAGUGGCUCUGUAUACAGGGCAAACGUCGGAACUUCUGGAAGGGCGAAGGCCCAAUCCCGGACUGGCGCUUGAAAGAGCUGCAGAAGGAGUUCGGCGUCGGUUGGUGGCUCUCAAGAUUUGGUCUUUAUGGUCCAAAGAGAGUUAUCGAAGCCCAGAUUGCCGAGAUCAAGGAACAAAUUGCCAAGGAGGCUCCAGUCUGCACAGUCACCAGCCAUAUCUAUGCUGGGGAGAACGGACAGCUUCUCGACGCCCAAUCGGUCCCCCCUGAGCACGGCCUCUUUCUCGUGGGAGUCCCCUCCAUGUUCAGUCUACCACUGAUGGAGUGGCCGAUUGUUCGAGCCCAGGGAAAACCAGCGCAUGGUGACUAUGCGCCAGUGAUCCCAUCUUCCGGCAAGAGGAUCGUGGAGUGGAUGAAAUUCUGCAAGAAGGCCUACGCGGAUGCGGGCGUUGAUCUCAUGGCAGACUUUUUCAUGCAUGAACGCCAUGUGAUCUUCACUAACAUGUACGCGUACGAUCAGCAAGAUCCAGUUGACUGUAAGAAUGUUGGGGACUUGUACAUGAGCAUGUACGGAGAGGCCAAGAAACAGGGCUACGGAAUGUAUCGUGGCCAUGUCAAUCACAUGGAUUUGAUCGCUGAGCUUAACGACUUCAAUGACCACGCAUAUAACCGGUUUACAGAAAAGAUCAAGGAUGCUCUUGAUCCAAAUGGCAUUCUAUCACCUGGGAAGCAAGGAAUAUGGCCUCAGAAACUCAGACAUUUGCGGGAGACAGUCGAGAAGUCUCCGAGGAAGAGCAAGAUCUGA